AUGGACAUCCUGAAGCAAACGCUGCGCAACGAAGGAUUCUUUGCUCUGUACAAAGGUGCGAUACGACCAGUGUUCCAAUUUCUGUUUCCUGAGACUGAUGUCCUAUCGGAUUCUUCAGGAAUGGCCAGCCCCUUGCUCGGAAUCGCAGGCGUCAACUCAUUGCUAUUCGCUUCCUACGGAAUCUCGAAACGAAUCAUAUCGCCCUUCCCCCAACUGUCUCUCAAAGAAAUAGUAGCAGCUGGUGCUAUGGCCGGUGCGGCAAAUGCCAUUCUUGCAAGUCCAGUCGAGAUGUUCAAGGUGCGGAUGCAAGGCCAGUAUGGAGCUGCCACCGACAAGCGACUUUCGGCUGUUGUAAGUGAGAUGUGGAGAGAUUGGGGAUUCAAAAAGGGUAUCAUGCGAGGAUAUUGGGUGACUGUUGCACGAGAAAUACCCGCGUAUGCUGGCGUUGAUGACGGUGCUAUGCCAACAAUAGCCUUCGAAUUCUCAAAACGACAGUUCGGGCAGAAAUACGGGUCUGAUGUACCUGUUUGGGCUCUCCUAGCUAGUGGAUCCACCGGAGGGAUCGCCUACUGGCUCGCAUGUUACCCCUUGGACGUCGUCAAGUCUCGCAUCCAGCUUCGUGCGACUCCUCCAUCCGGUACACCAGUGCAAUACAUCGCUCAUGAAAUAAAGACAAUAAUACUGGAAUCCGGAGCUAUACCUGCUGCCGGGAGCACCUUCGCAGCUUUCGAACUGACGAGGGACUAUUUAGAAAGGGUCACCGGGGUUUAA